AUGCACUUUCCUACAGCGUCGUCAAUCAACUUCAGAUGGUGUGCGAAGUCCACGGAGAUGGCCAAAUGUCAAGAAUUCAUCAAGUACGUGAACAAAACUGCGACAAAAAAAGGUAUACCAGUGACUGACUUGAGUUGUGUUAAUGGAAGCACAUCCGACAUUUGUAUGACGUUCAUCAAAGACGAUAAGGCUGACCUCGUGACACUGGACGGUGGACGUGUUUAUGAAGCAGGUACAAGCUUUGUUUGUCAAGUGUUGGCGAAAUUUUCUAGGGUUGGACCCAGUUGAGAAAAGGAAAAAGAAAAAUGUUGUGUUGUGUUCAUGUACUCCGAAGUGGACACAUGAAAUUAUGAAAGUUUCAUGUCGGAACCGUGCAACGACAACUUAGAAAUGUACGAAAAACGUGAUACGUGCACAGUUUUUUUGCUUAUAGAAACCUAUUUCCUUUUUGUCAUUCUCGUUGCCGUCGCCGUAGUCGUUGCUUAAGCUGCCCAUUGUUGUGGUCCAGAAAUUUUGCUACCAUGGCAACGUGACGUCUCUUCUCCUCCCUAUUAAGCGGCCAAUAAUCAAAGUCCCGAGAAUUAAUUGUACAUGUACCAUUGAAAUGUUAAACAAGACCCCCAUUAUAGGGGUUCAUUGGGUUGCCGACUGCGCGAUGCAGUGGUUUAAUAUUUUAGUAGCCAUAGCCGAGCAGUUCAAACAAUUCACUACAAGAGAAAAUAGGACCUGUAUGUCUUCAAAUAUGACGCAUAUAUGACGCAUGAUUACAUGAAAACGCCAGAAAAAAAAAACCCAAAUGGUAUUACAGUCAACUCCCUUCACAGCGGACAUGGUAAGGACCUUGGGUUAGUGUCCUCAUUAGUGAGAGUCUUUAACAGCGGGAGUAUAUUUCAGUCAAACUUCUGCAAUUUUUUUGUUGCCUGGGAUUUAGCUGCUGUCCGUAUUUUCUGGUUCUGUUAUAGCGGGAUUUCCCCAAGGCGAGAGUUGACUGUACAUUAUAUUUCUUUAUUCCCAUUCGAUCCAGGCAAGAAUGAUGAUCUUGUGCCCAUUGUCUCUGAGAAAUAUGGAAAAUACGGAGUGAAGUACUACGGAGUUGCCAUCGUGAAAAAGAUCAAUACAGGCUUCACCCUUGAAGGUCUGAAGGGAAAAAAGUCAUGUCAUACCGGAGCUCGAAGAACAGCAGGCUGGAAUGUUCCCAUUGGGUACCUGCUACGCAAAAAAAUUAUUCCACCAGUGAAAUGUGAUACAGAAUUCCACGACUUUUAUUCAGCUUCUAAAUUUUUCCUUGAGAGCUGUGUACCAGGUGAUCUUUGUGAGCUUUCUUUGCUCGUUUGUUCGUUCAUCAUUAUUCAUUCAUUCCUCAUUCAUUCAUUCAUUAACUUUAAUUUAUUCAUUUGUUUAUCGUCCCAUUACCUCUGAAAAUAAAACAAAAUACACUUGAUAUAAGCCCUUCUAGCUUUUAUUAAAAUGAAUUCGAUUUUUUAAUAUGUAAAAGCCUGUAUUUUAUUAAUUAAAGGGGCUGUGUCACGGCAGUCCAGUACAUUUUGUUUAAUUUUGCCAAUUACUCGCCCUCAAUCGCUAUGGAACUUAAAGCAAGCAAGGAAAUUACAGGUAAAUAACAAAAUCAGAGACCAGAGACAAACAAAUAUGUCUCCUGAGCAUUAUUUUUGAAAUUGCAAGCAGCAGGAAUCAACUUUGAAAUACUGUUGGGCUGAAUAGUUUUCAAAAACCCUAAUUUCAAUCUGUUUCAAUCUUCUUCAGUUUUGGUCAUCCGUGGCAUCUGUUGUUUCUGUUAUGUUAUUUUAACCUUCCUUUAAAGUUUUAAGCGGUUAUUUUUAUGUUUCUCUUAAUUCAACGGGCAUUUUUGUAAUUUUCUAAUUUGGCUGAAUUGCGUGACACAGCUCCUUUAACCAAAUUAAAAGCCCCCUCGGAUAUGAGUCCCUUUAUUUAUAAUCCCUCCUAAAAACCCCCUAUGAAGAUAUAUAUUAAGCUUAGGGCUUACAAGCGGCAAUUUAAGGUAUUUGAUACUUGACUAUUAAGUAAACGUGUUUUUACUAUUAGGAAGCUUUUAAAAAUAGUAAACGAAACAAUCAUGAUGUUAUCAUUAUCAUUAAUAACACUAUUAUUAUUAUUAUUAUUACUUUAUUAUUAUUAUUAUUAUUAUUAUUAUUAUUAUUAUUUUUACUGUUAAUAUCAUUAUUAUGAUUAUGAUUAUAAUAAUUAUUAUUAUUCUUAGACAUGAUGAAUGACAUUGGCAUUGACUAAAAGCAGCAACUUUACAUAAUCAAGAAAAAGAUAAAUAUAGCCAAUAGAGCAUCAUUUUACAUAUUUUGUUGUAGAAACAGGAAUUGGAAUAGCCCAGAUUUAAUGCAAUUUUGAUCUCUUUUCUUCUCUUUCCUUUCCUUUUUUUUUGGAAUGAUCCAAUCUCAAGCUGCAUUUGUAAAUUGCCUACACGUAGCGAGAUUUACAAUUGUACAUUCAAAAAUACAAAAAAAGUUUCCAUCAUUAAUAGACCUAGAAACUACCUUAUAAAAUAAUCUCUUAAUUUCUUUGAACUUCGAUUCUUAGGUGUGAAAUCAUAUAAUGUACCUGCUGAAGUUUCCGAGAAACUUUGCGCCAUUUGCAACGGUACCGGGUCUGACAAAUGUUCCAGGGAAGUGAGCAAAAAUGGGUACGUUGGUUACCAUGGCUCAUUUAUGUGCAUGGCAGAAGGCAAGGGCGAUGUAUCGUUUGCUAAACACACAACUGUCGAAGAGGUGCUCUCGAAAUACCCGGGAAAAUAUGGAGCAACGUCAGAUUACGAAUACCUCUGUAAAGAUGGAACAAGAAAAGGUAGAUAACUACUGAUAUUUGCCUAACAGGCAGCUAGAAAAAUGUUGGCCCAGUUGUUCGCACACCAGUUAGCGCUAACUCGGGGUUAAAUUUUAACCCGGGUUUGUUUUCUUUUUGUCAUAAGCACCCUCUAGGAUAAUUUUCUCUAUUCUUUUUAGAGUAUCCAAUCAUCAAAUUGUAGGCAAAGAGAAUUAAACUAAAUUUGCUUUUUAAGCUCUCAUAUUUGAGUUCAAAUUUCGCACCAAUAGCCCUUGGUUAUCUUUUAACCCAGCUUCGAACAACCUGGUCAAGAGGUUUAAGGAAAGCUAACACUUACAGUAGCGAAAAGUUAUUAUAAAAAAGGACUUUUGACAAGGACCUACAUUUCAUUCUUCUAAAAGAUUUGCAACAUAGUCAGAUGAAUUGGUAAUAAGCACUUAUGGGUUAUGGGCUCCUGACAUGUAAGUAGGUACCACAACGUUAACCUAAAGUCUUGCUGUCAGGCGAAAACCGAAUUCAAUAACUGUUAAUAACCAAUUCAGGUGACAAUACGUAAACCGUACUCGAUGUUUUAGAACAUGCGAAGCUAUUUUUUACCCAGUUUAUUCAACGUUUUGUGACAAACGGCUGCUGUACAUUUAGCUUAGAAACAUAACGCCAUAUGCAGCGGCUCUCUUUAUUGCAAAAUACUUCUCCUUUUCUGGUCGGCUUUAUUAAAUAGUGGGGAUAAUUCUUCAUAACCAGCCAGAAUGCUUGAAUUGUGCCAUACUCCUCAAGCUCAUUAACAGUCAAAGAAAAUACAAAGGAACUUAAUGUAUAAUGAGUGUUUGGAAAUCAGAUGAAAAACUGCUCAUUUUUGCAUCCUUGAAUUCUCUUUCUAAUAUCAUUUUGUUUGAAAAGUAAUAACAAGCAAAAUAAGGUCUAUUGUUUUCCCCACGUAAGGAAAUCGGGAUUCCAGAAUCCGGGAAAUGUUUGCUUGUGAAAUCCGGAAUACCCCUAACGAUUGGAUCCAGAAUCCACGUUCCACUGACAAGACAUAAAUCCAGCACCUAGAGUCCGGAAUCCACGGCGUGAAAUUUAGACUCCGAGACUGUCUUGGGUUCAAUAACAUGGGUGGAAACAGGGCGGCCCAUGAAAGAAAUUGUUAGUUGUAACAGCCCAUAAUUUACUAACUAAAGUCUAACUAUACCUUUGUCUUAUCAGACAUUGGAAAACAUGAAGAGUGCUUUCUCGGGUUUAACGCUGCACAUGCUGUGGUAACAAGAGAAGGCAACAAGGACAUCGAUAACAUUGUCACCAUUUUGACAACCAUGAGCAGCAUGUAUGGCCCCAGCCAGACUAACUGGACAAAAUUUCAACUAUUUAACUCCACAAAAUACGGCGGCGCCAAUUUGCUGUUCAAAGAUUCCACCACCGAGUUGGUAAGCAUCUCAAAAGACAAUAGGACCUACCAAGGGUUUCUGGGUGACGAUUACGUCAAAGACGUUCAGGCACUGAAGUCAUGUGACGAUGCGAGCUCAGUCUCCACCAAGACCACACCCUACGCAGUGAUUGUGCUGCUUGUAGCUAUGGUUGCCGUGAUGUCACUGUAAAGUGAAACACAUAACCGUGUUUUAGCUAAAGCCAUGGUCAAAACAAAACGUUGUGAUACCUGAAGACGGUUCAACAUUCGAUUUAAGGUUUUCUUUUUUUUUUUCUAGUUUUGAAUUUUGGUUAACUGAUUAAAGAAUCCAUUCGAACAGGGAAUGAAGGAUAGUUUUAACCUGAACUUAGACUGCAAAACAGUCCGUAUUUUUACCUAGUCAGGUACGCGCGAGCAGUCAAACAAAAGGUCUGGAACAAGGAUAAAAACAGAGAGCGAGAGAGGGGAGAGACGCUAAUGUUGAGAAAAAAAAUGACUUUUGCAGUCUAACCUGAACUCAUUUCCUUUUUGAAUUAUUAAUGAAUUUUAAUUCAAACAUUUGGCCAUCAACACCUCAAGAUCCUCAUUCUCUGGGAUCGUUUCUUUUCCGCCAAUCAGGUGCAUGGCUGUAUUCAAAGACUAAAAUUAUUCACUACCGAUAGCUAGCGCUUUUGCGUCUUAUCUUCAUGUAAACUCCUGUUUCUCGUUUGUUCCUGGCUUAAAUUAAAGACAACAUACAUGUUACCUCAAUAGCACUGAACCGACUAUAAGUAAAGUAGGUAUAGAGGGGGUGUUGCAUGUGCUACAGCUUUUAUUCUCAGCAGUGAUAUGAGCUCCGGCAGCACUUCAGUAUUCGUUUCAAGUUUUUUUAUUGUUUCAGACUAGCCAAAAGUGGUUCAUUCAGUUGUUUGCUUGACCAUGCAGGUGAUAAGUAGCAAAAAGGCAUAAUUUUUUGGCAACGAUUAUUCAGGCUGCGAAGCUUAUUGAUCUUCAUGGAUUGUUUUAUGUAGCUUAAACCAAUCUGAACGGACAGUAUAGUCAGGGGUAAUUAGAGCUUUUUAUUAAAGCAAAUAGUGUUGCGUGUCAAGAAAGAAAAAACGGAGACAUCAGAUGUCAAGUUUUCAGCACGGCUUCAGAUGAUUUAUAUAUAGGCAAGAGCCAUAAUGGGACAGUAAUUAUGGCUCUUGAUAUAGGCUAACAAGAACAAAGCCCUGAUGCAGUAAGAAACAGUGAGAAAUGGUAAAUACAUGAUUAGCGAUGACAUCAAAUGUCAGGUUGGAAUGAUCAUGUCAGGG